AUGGCGACGCCAGCCACGUCCACUUCGGCCAUGCAGGGCUUCUCCCUCUUCCCGACCACGGUCCCCAAGAUCUCCAUCCCGAAUCCGCAUAAAAAGAACCCCAGCCUACACAGUAUCAGUAUCGUGACCUCGCCGGACAGCGCGUUCUCUCCCAAUGCCGAGUCCGUCGUUAUUAAAAUGGAGGAGGAACGACCGCCUCUUCCUCGACUCCCCGUCAGCCUCAACGGAGAGCAGCUCACGAGAGAAUCCACUCCGUCGCCAGAAGAUAUUGGGAGGGCGGUGAGCACGACGUCGCCUAUCGAUGGGAAGACGCCUACUCAGCCUGGUCCCCCUCCUUCGGUAGCAGCAGCGGCCUAUACGCCAUCAUUAUACCAGUCGCCCGAACUUCACCAGACGUCAUCACUAGGCACAGGAUCAGCAACGACGUUGGUGGCACCUCCCGCUCUCACAGCGGACAAUCGGGGCAUGGUGAAUAACAAAUCACCCACCGACCCUUCACCGGUCGUCCCCAUCCGCUCCAUGUUCCCCGUCUACAACCCCUCUGUGUCUGCAACUCAACAAAUGUACGUCCCACACCCGCCACCGCCCGUGCGUCUCUCAGGGAUGCCCAUGUUUGCGGGGCUACCCGCUUCCCGGGAGGACUACCGCCGAAGUAGUCUUUCGACUCCAUUCAACGCUUCAGCACUAGCGGCUGCUCAGAGAACCGCUCCUGCCAGCAUUCUCAACUUCCCUUCCGACGUCAUGAGCAUCAACGUUGGGCCCCGUAUAUCGACCCAAAGGGAGCUCGAGAAACUGUGGGAAGCUUCUCAUGGCACCGAACCGGCGGCUUCGAUCAAGACUUUCGAUCUUGAGAUGGCACGGACCGAGGAAGCAACCUUUGUCUUUGGUUCCCACCCUUCGCUGCCCUUCUACACCCUCCAGACAUACGACACCAAUGAAAUUGCCAUCUCCAAAACCUGCCCCAGCAAACCGAGAUCACCGUCAGCCAAUGCAGAGUCACCACUCACACGCGACGUCGUUCUGUGCCCUCUGGAGCCCGCGGCUCGGCGUCUCCCACCCCAUGACGGCCUUGUCGCCUUCAUAUUCCCCAAGCUGGCCGCCCUGCUCGCGAUCAACCAAUCCGCUGCCCUCGCCCGACAACACAAUCUCGCGCCCACGGAUCGAGACGAGAUCGAGGGACAGGCAGUCCGACGUGCAGCCAAGCAGGAAGCCUGCUACUUGCGGUUCAACGCCAAGGGUGGCUUCUACGAACUUGAACACCCUGCCAUCGGGCGCGGGGCGAUGGGUGGUGACUUUGCGAUGGAAAGCCCUGCUGUGAGCUCGCCGACGACGGUCAGGAGCAUGACGGGCAAGCCUGUGGUGCACGUGACCAUUUCCACCGACGGGCCCCUUCCCACCAUCAGUGUGAUUGACCCGAACGCUUCCCGGCGGACCGGCGCCGUCAUGACGCCGACCACCGCAGCGCCGUCCUCAGCAGGAGCUGGCAUCCGGCGACUGUCCACCCUUCCGCACACCGAGAAUUUGACCUCUUCGUCAGAGUUCCCGCCCCUCGCCUCGCUUGACCUGACCUCGGAGGUUCUGCACGUGGAUGCCAACGCCAUCCUGGAGUUGAUGCCCAGCUUGUUCAGCAUCGACUGCAUCAUCUCGGCGAUCCUCUCCGUCGCGGUGGCCGACGCAACCACGAAUGCAGUGCUGGGAGGUAUGGAGAUCUGGAAGCCGAGACCCGCACCGGUAUCUCGUCUCGGGACGGGUGCCCGCAGCAUCCACACCCGGGCCGGCAGUGUGAAGAGCCACGCAGGGAGCGUCUUUUUCGCCACCAUCGCGGAGAGAGAAGAGGCCGAAGAAGAAGCCAGGUUGAUGCGCCGAACACACGAGGCUGACCUCCGCGCGGGCGGCUCGUCCAAAGCCAGAUCCAAGGGUUCCAGGAUGUGGUUUGGACGGUUAUCCAGCAGCAGCACCGACGAGUCAGAUGAAGAUGACAUCUCGGAGAAGAAGUCCUCGUCACGGAGGAAGAAGAACCACAAGAACAAGACCAAGAAGAUCGUCAUGCAUGAAUUUGACCUCGAGAAGCUCGGCCACUACCAGUCCGGCGAGCGGAAGGGGGAGGAGUUGCCCGCCGUCACGAGGGGCGUGCUCAGCGGACUGAUCAUGGGGCUGAAGCUGAUCGUGUGGCUGCUGACCAUGGUCGUGCAGGUGCUGGCCUGGGUGCUGGUGCAUGUGACGAGAGGCGUGACCAGCGAGAAGUUCUGA